AUGUCUGCCGAAGAAGCACAGUUGGAGCAGUUCGAGAUGCCUGGUAUCCCCAGAGAGGCGGCGAAGAAGAUCUCGCAUUUGGAGGAGGAAUUCACUCGCGCUGAGGUUGAUCAGCUGCGCAAGUCCAUUCCCAUCUUGGAACCCCUCUACCAGAAGCGCAACCAGAUCAUCACAGACCCCGAGGUUCAGGGUGACUUUUGGAUCCGUGUUUUCUCCAAUGCCCCCGCCGAAAUCGACGAGUACAUUCUCCCCACCGACGCCGCUGUUCUGGGAUCCGCUCUCAAGAACUUGACCGUUGAGCGCUUCGAGGUCAAUGAGAAGGGUGAGGGCGAGCCCCGCAGCAUUCGUCUCACCUGGGAGUUCCACGGCGGCGAGGAGAACCCCUUCUUCGAGAACGAGAAGAUCGUCAAGGACUUUUACUGGCGCAAGCAGGUCACCAAGUCUGCCAAGGGUAAGAGCAGGACCUGGGAGGGUCUUGUCUCCGAGCCCGUGCGCAUCAACUGGAAGAAGGAUAUGGAUCUCACCAAGGGUCUGCUCGAUGCCGCUUGUGACUUGGCUGAGGCCGAGAAGAAGAAGGGUGGUGACCGCAAGAAGCUGCCCGAGUACGAGUCGCUCGUCAAGAAGGUCAGCGAGGCUGAGGCCGAGGCCAUGAACGAUGACGACGAGGAUGACGAGGACCCCAGCCCCGCUGGCAUCAGCUUCUUCGCUCUCUUCGGUUACCGUGGACGUGAUGUCACCGCCGAGCAGUCCAAGGAGGCCACCAAGCAGGGUGAAGAGAGAUGGGCCAAGAUCGUCAAGGGUGAGGCCGUUGACGAGGAUGACGAUGAUGAAGACGAUGACGAUGAGGACGACGAUGCCGAUGACUUGGAAGAGGCCGAGAUCUUCCCCGAUGGAGAGGAGGUCGCUAUCUCUCUUGCUGAGGACCUCUGGCCCAGUGCUCUCAAAUACUAUGUGCAAUCGUUUGAGCUCUCUGAGGAACUCUCCGAGAUUGACGAGGACGAGCUUGAAGAUUUGGAUGACGAGGAGGAUGCGUCGUCGCACCCCCGCAAGAAGACCAAGGUCUAA